AAAAAGCUUGGUUGUUUUAGAUUACUAAACCCUAAAAAACCAAAUAGCAGCUGCACAUCUAUCUCACAGGUGGCCAGCCAGCCGCAUCUGAAACCAGACGAAGAAUGGCGGAAUACGAUCUAACACCGCGAAUGGCACCAAACCUCGACCGUCAUCUCGUCUUCCCACUCUUAGAGUUUCUUCAAGAGCGACAGUUAUACGAUGAUAACCACAUCCUUAAGGCUAAGAUCGAACUCUUAAACAACACAAACAUGGUUGAUUAUGCUAUGGACAUUUUCAAAACUCUUUAUCAAACUGAAGAUGUUCCUCAGGAUAUGGUUGAACGUAGGGCUGACGUUGUUGCUAGACUUAAGUCUCUUGAAGAUGCUGCUGCACCUCUUGUGGCGUUUCUUCAGAAUCCUGCUGCUGUUCAGGAAUUGAGAGCUGAUAAACAUUAUAAUCUUCAGAUGCUUAAUGAUAAAUACCAGAUUGGUCCUGCACAGAUAGAGGCAUUAUACCAAUAUGCCAAAUUUCAGUUUGAAUGUGGGAACUACUCUGGUGCUGCUGACUAUCUUUAUCAGUACAGAGCAUUAUGCACAAACAGUGAAAGGAGUUUGAAUGCAUUAUGGGGAAAGCUGGCCGCUGAAGUAUUGAUGCAAAACUGGGAUAUUGCCCUGGAAGAGCUCAAUCGCUUGAAGGAAAUAAUUGACUCAAAGAAUUUUUCAUCACCUUUAAAUCAGGUGCAAAGCCGAAUAUGGUUGAUGCAUUGGAGUCUGUUCAUCUUUUUCAACCAUGAUAAUGGAAGAACACAGAUAAUUGAUCUGUUUAACCAGGACAAGUAUCUUAAUGCAAUCCAAACUAGUGCUCCACACCUUUUGCGAUACUUGGCCACAGCAUUUAUUGUCAACAAGCGCAGGAGGCCUCAAUUCAAAGAUUUUAUUAAAGUUAUUCAACAAGAGCAGAAUUCAUAUAAGGAUCCCAUCACUGAGUUUUUGGCUUGUGUUUAUGUCAACUAUGACUUUGAUGGCGCACAAAAGAAGAUGAGGGAGUGUGAAGAAGUAAUUCUCAAUGAUCCCUUCCUUGGUAAACGAGUUGAAGAAAGCAACUUCUCAACUGUACCAUUAAGGGACGAGUUCCUUGAAAAUGCUAGGCUGUUUAUUUUUGAGACCUACUGUAGGAUACAUCAACGAAUUGACAUGGGAGUACUUGCUGAGAAGCUAAAUUUGAAUUACGAGGAGGCUGAGAGAUGGAUUGUGAAUCUCAUCCGUGGCUCAAAGCUUGAUGCCAAAAUUGACUCUGAAACUGGAACCGUUAUCAUGGAACCCAAUCAUCCAAAUGUGUAUGAGCAGCUGAUAGACCAUACAAAGGCCCUUAACGGCCGCACUUACAAGUUGGUCACUCAACUUCUGGAACAAGCACAAGCUCAGGCAGCUCGUUAAACUGUCUAGGUAGACUGAGGAGAGUGUUUGUUCUAUCUUCCCGGGAUGCAUCGUUUUGUUUUUUUGUUAUUUAGAUUGCAUUCAAAUUCAUGGGAUGUAACCUUACUUGAAGGUUGUUUUUCUGAUAACUCCUAUUGUUUUAACCGUCAAUGUAGACAUGUAGUAUUUAUAACUACCAUUUUGUUUAAUACAUUUACCAUGAAUAUCAUCAUUUCAAGCUGUAGGAA